GUCCCUUUGAGCGCACCGUAGAAACAGGAAGUACAAAAGAAAAAGCUACAGCAAAACAAAAACAAAUUGAUGCUAAAGCAUCUAAAAUACAAUUUGUCUAAAAAUGGACAGUCAACACCCAAAGUCAACGAGUAACGAUUCACGCUGCGUGUUUUUUAAUACAGAUUCAGAAGACUAUCACUGCGUGGUGAUUUUAAGAGUAAAACAAGCGACAGGAACCUUCUCCUUACUAGGAUGCAUUUUCAUGCUCUUUGUGAUCUGGCUGCUACGCAAGUAUCACUCUCUGGCUCAGAAGAUGAUUCUCAGCCUGACUGUGGCCGCCUUCUUCGACAGCGUAGCAUAUGUCAUGGGGGAUUCCCAUCCAGAGGGACCUCUGUGUGACUUCCAGGCCUGCUGGCUAACUUACUUUGACUGGAGUGCCUUGGCCUGGGUUUGCCUCAUCACAGUGAACCUGUACCUCAACCUGGUGCGGGAAAUCAGCACUAACAGAUACGAGCUGUUGUACCAUCUGAUGGCGUGGGGGGUUCCUCUGGUCAUGGCCUCCUUGCCCCUGCUAAAGGGUUACUACGGCCCCGCGGGAGCCUGGUGCUGGAUCACAGACGAUCACGUAGCCUGGAGAUUUGGGAUAUGGUACGUGCCUCUGUUCAGCCUCAUCUUCUUGAUGAUCUGCUGCUACGCCAGGAUAAUCUGCGUGGCCAACGCGAGGAUGCGGUCAUGGUUGGGAACCUUCAACCCAGAGAGAGAGAGACGAAAGCUCUCCUUGGCGGAGGAGAUCAAGCCGUUGAAGUGGUAUCCUUCCGUUUACCUGCUGGUGUCCAUCUUUCCCCUCAUCAACAGGCUCCAUAAUGCCUUCUACCCACAGGAUCCGUCCUUCCCGCUCACCCUGUUGCACGUCCUGUCGGUCCCGCUCCACGGCCUGGCCAAUGCGUUUGUCUUUGGCCUGGAUAGGGAUUGGUGGAGCCUGCUGAGCCCCACUGGCAUGCAGCUGGCUCUGCAGUCGCGGCUGUGUGACAGGACCCGGAUCGGAGAGUACCACCCCGGGGCGGUGCGCUACACACAGGCUGACCUGGUCGACCUCAGCGAUGACGACGACGAUGACACCAACGUGCUCUUCUACUCUCCUGACAUGACCCUGAAGGACCGAGGGCCCUGAGAGAGAGAGAGAGAGAGGAGAGGGGGCGAGAGAGAGAGAGAGAGAGAGAGCUAGAGGGAAGCAGCACGAAGGAGGGUCGCAGCCAGCGAGAGAUGCAGCGGAUUAGAAACCGAGAGGGAGGAACAAGAGGUAGGGAGGGAAGGGAAGGGAAAAGGUUGGGGGGACAGUCGGGCAGAUAGAAGGCGGAGAUGAGCUGUCAGGUUCCAUUAUUAAUCCCCAUCCUUUACUAUUUAAUAUCCUAAAGACACACGCACACACACACACAUCGUGAGCAGAGCUGCAGCUCCCUGCAACACUACGGCGAGAGAGGAGCGGCUCUAAAGCUCUUCCUGAUGUUCAAGGCGUUUGCUGCAGAGCCAAAGGUCUUACAACAAUUCAGCAUUCGGCAGCGUUUUGGCAUAUACCACCCAAAGUGAAACGGUGGGGGAAGGGGACAUGACGAACGGCUGAAAGGCAAUCAUAACACAGUGUUAGUUUAGCAUUCGCAGCAAUUACCUUUUCACUUCUCUACGGGGGAAUUAGGGGAAAACCCGGGCCUUUUAAAAGCCCCCCGUGUGUCAGAAGUUGAAAGCAUCUACGCCGAGAUUGAUCCAGGUUGUGAACUAUUUCCUUCCCGAUGGGGAAGGGGGGCGAUACAGUGGCCAUACAAGAAGAAUUUGGAAAGGCAAAGCAAUCUCUCCUUCCUUGGACACUAUCUGUGUUCUUUUCGCACAAGUAUUACUUUGAAAGACUGUAUGUUGUUGUUGUUUUUUGUACCACUGUAUUUAUCAACAACCUGUGUGUGUGUGUAUAUAUAUAUAUAUAUUUUAAGUGUACGAUCUAUUUUUGUACGUGCCUCGGACCGGAAUGUGAAGUUUGGUCCGAAACCAUGCUGCUCUCACGGGGACAGUCAUAACAAUACAUCCUAAUAAUAAUGUAAGCUCUACGAACAAGCACAACAUCCCACUCGUCAUCACGGACACACGGUGCCUGUGUUGGGAACGAUGACGUAGCCUCUGAUGGUUCAUCACCUCAUGGCUCUUGUCCCUGGCGCCGAGGGAGGAGGAGGGGGGCAUAUAGCUGAGGUGUGAUUGGCGGGAUCGUGGAGUCGCUUUAUAUUCCACCUCAGCCCGUUUUUUUGUUUUUUUGUUCUUCCACACGUCGAGGUGGUUCCAUCACUGUCGGAGCGCGAGCUGCCGCCUGUCAGCUGCCUCUCUGACAAGUUGAACUAAUGAACCGACACUUGACCCCCUUUUUACCCUUGAGUUGUCGAGCUCUUCUGCCGGGCGUCAGUGAACACCACAGUGCAACUUUCGUUUGCAGUUCACAGAGCCCUCCCUCCCCCCUCCACACACACACACACACACACACACACACUGUAUCUCACACACGUGCACUGUGCCCCCACCCCUCUUUCGGCACUGUUGCUGGUUCUUACUUGACUGUGCACUCCCAUCAAAUAAAUGAGCAGCAGAGACAUUUCAUAACAAAGCUGAGACUGGCCGUGUUUAUUUCAUUUUCACAUUCAUGCAAUCCCUCAUUCCCUCUCGUGCCCCCCUCCCCUUCCCCUUCCUCCUGUGAAGUGUGUGUGUGUGUGUGUGCGCGCGUGCGGACACGCGCCUUAAGACGUCUCUUAGACCUGUGCGGCUUAAAUAAUGGAUAUUAAUUAUUGGUCGGACCCUGCUGGCCCCCCUGCCGUGUCUCCAAAUCUGGUUAACUGGAUUUUGAUUAAUGAAAUACGCGCGCCAUGUCCUCCAGAAAAAGAAAGACUUUCCUUCCCCCUCCACGCGGGUUCUUCCGCGGAAGCUCGAGCGUCUCGAGCCCCGCGCCCGCCUCCACAUAAAGAGCCGGGGAAAAUAAGCGAAUCUCCCUGUCACGCAAGA